GAAUUGAAAACAAAAUAUUUAUAUAAAAAUAAAUAAAAACAAAAAUUUGUGCGGUUGCACGGAUAGAGAUCCAGUUAAACAUUAAAACUUGCAUGUCCAACUUGACAUCACAUACAAAAGCCCGCAAAAGCCCAGUUCACACCGCCCAAUAUAUAAGGGAGACGAUCUUCUAGGGAUGCUAUCUCCUCGACCUCCCUAUUGAAACAAACCAAAACCGCGCUCAGUCUCUCUCUUCUCUUUUAAAUUAAUCCAUGGACGAGAGCAAGCUCAAGAGAUGCUCCACUUCAUCCACCCAUGCUGAAGCCUCUGAUGAAGCCAUAGAUCCUUUGCAAAAGGCAUACAAAAGAGAGUUCGAUGAUUGGGAGACAGAAGUUAAUAAUCGGAAGAAGCAGAAGCAGGCGGAAGAAACCACAGAGAAGAAAAAGAAGUGUUGUUUUGGCACUAAAGAUGCAAAGGGAAACAAUGAGCAUACCAUAUUCGUCACGGGUUUUGAUAAUAGCGGUUCUAGGGAUGAGAUCAGGAGCGCAUUGGCUAAACAUUUCAGUUCAUGUGGAGAGUUGACGAGGGUUUUUGUUCACAUCGAGUGUGAAACCGGUCUUUCCAGAGGAUAUGCUUUUAUUAAUCUGAAAAACCGUGGUGGUGAGAUUGAGGCGGCGUUAUCUCUCAAUGGAAGCGACUUGGGAGGUCAUAAGCUUCUGGUUACAAUGGCUAGACUUAGAGACGAAUACUAUGCCCACUUUAACUUUAAUGGCUGUGAAAUCUGUCGUGCUAGCUAUGCUGCCGGCCGUCAGAGACUGUACAGAUGGAAUCUUCGAACUGGUGGUGGCAAAGUCAGGCGCAUGUCUCCACAAUUUCAAGAAAAGGCCCGUCUUCAUUAUAAUAAAGCAAUGGCUUCUCGCAAGAUGGCGAAGUCUAAAACCAACGAAGGCUAAUAUUUUUACUUGUUUCUCGACCAGCUCCAUCAAACGGUUUUUUUUUAUAUCAUUUUUGUUUUCUAUUUAUAAAAAAAAAACAUAUAUUAUGCUAUUUUGGCUGCAGUGUUUAUGCUUCAAUCAGAUUAUGAACUUUUCUUUAAUAAACUAAGUUGUAUAGUUUUCUUUUGGUGGUUUGAAAAAUUGUUAACAGGGAUCAAAUACUACGGAACUGUUUUGAUGAUAUCUUGUCUACAAAAGUAUGUUGGCUGAUCGAUGCGAGAAAUAAAAAUCUGAAUCUUAGAUAAAGUGGAAGUGUUGUACUGGUUAAAAACUUGGUUCUUCCAUGCAGCAUAGCCAGCAACUAUAAAGUUGACUUCUGUAGGUAAAUUAAAUAGUAUGCUGAUGCAUGGUUGGUACUCCUUUUCUUCAAAAACAAAAAAUAUGUAAGAAACUAGCUCGUAUAUAUGAUCGAUGUUAAUCAAAAUUCAAAACUUGACAACAACCAAAACUACAUUGGUUCUUCUUCCUGUUGUAGUGAAAAUAUAUUAACUAGUUAGUUUCCAAUAUUUUAAUAGUUUUAAGAUAUUGGAAACUAAAUAGUAUGCUGAAUAUUCUCUCUUGUAUUUUUGAUGUUCAGUAAAAUUAUGUCGUGUACGUUCAGUGAGGUACUUUUUUGAUGCAUAUGCUCGCAAUGCCAAACUAAGAUUGUGAUGUUGUAUUAUUUGGUCAACAUUCUUAUACAAGAUAGCAAGUAGAAAGAUAUGCAUUUAUGCAGGGCUGAAUAAUGGGGAGGGAAAUCUAACCAGAACUGCUACAGAGUAACUAGUUUAAUGGAUAAAGAAAGAUAUAAUGGAAAAGA